UUUUUUACGAACAGAUAUCUUCUUGUUUUGGCAAUCCAUUGUUGAAUGAAUUAAUCAUCAGGGUCGCAGAAGCAGAAGGAAUAAUGCAAGGUGUAUCAUCUUUAUCAUGUUCAAUAACAACUUGUUCAGUUAAAGCUUCAUGGGACACACAACAGAGACUCUCUUACAAUCGCAACGCUCCUCGAAAGCUCAACAACACUCAUUCUCCGCCUCUCACUUCAUCACCCUCACCACCGUCUACUCGCAAGGAACACUACAUUUCCGAUCUUCUCAAACGCUCCACUCCUCUUCCCAAUCCCACCAUAGUGAACGUAAACGAAGAAAUAGAUGAAACCUAUUUAGGUUAUGAGAAAUGGCUUCCAACUCCACCCAAAGUCGUCAAGCCUCGUUCCGUCUUUAAUGCUGCUACCUUAGCAUAUAUUGGUGAUUGCAUUUAUGAGCUAUAUGCUCGCAGACACUUUUUAUUUCCUCCUCUUAGUAUUGAAGAAUACAAUGAUCGUGUCACUGCAGUUGUCCGCUGUGAGGCUCAAGAUGCAUUGCUUCAGAAACUUUUGAACAGUAACUUCUUAUCGGAUCAAGAGAGGGAUGUUCUUCGAUGGGGAAAGAACAUUGGUUCAAGCAAAACUAAGACAAAAAGGCGUGCUGGAGCAGCUGUAUAUAACAGAGCAUCUUCACUAGAAACAUUAGUUGGCUAUCUCUAUUUGACAAAUGUGAAUCGCUUGGAAAAGCUAAUGUUAGAAUUGGGAUUCUCAGUGGACUCUUCAAUGCCUUUGAAUUUGGAGGAAGUAAUAACAGGUGAGCUGAACAGCAGAUAAGGUCGAUCUUUGUGUAUUUUUCCACUGGAGUCGGCAAAACAACUAAUUGAAAGAUUAUGUUUGAUCCAUUGUAGUCUUCUGUAAAGGCUGUCCUAGUCAAUUAACUUCCUCUUUUACUUGCCGGUGAAGAUGAUGUGCCAAUACCAAAUUCAAAUGGCAUAGUUUACCAUGCUAGAGAGAGGAUUAGAAGCUUUUGAGAUCUUUUGCAGCAAUAUAUAUGGCGUGUACAUAGUUUAUGGUACCGUCCUUUGUUAGUAAUGAUCUACUUUAGAGGAGUACAAUGAAAAGAAAACAAUGCAGUGAAGUUUUGGUUAUUUGAUAGAUUUCUGUCAGGGUUUGCAACUCUGAUUGAAUUUGAUCCAGCAUUAUAAUUUGUUGAACAUUAAGGAACAUAGGGACCCAGAUUUGUAAUAUUAUUACUUUGGAAUUUAUUAUUUAGUUUAGAAUUUCAAUUCAA